ACAGAAUGAAAUUGUCAUCGUCAACGCAUGGCUUCAAGUGACCGUCCUAAAGGUGUCACUAGAGAUAAACGGGUCAUUUACAAAAUCAGCGACAGCAGGCGACAUCUCGUUGGGCCCUCCCGGCUGGGCUCCGUGGCGACACUGUACCACCCCAACCUGCCCCACCUGCCUGUUGACCCGAUACCCGCGGUCCACAGUCACCUUCCUGAACUUGUGGAACAAGACACGACCAGCGGGAAUACAACCCACGAUUCGCCCGAGUGUGCGGGCUUUGUGGCGGCAGGGAGCUGGGGAGCAUCUGCCCCGGACAUCGACGCGGUCGAGGCGAGUCAUCACCCUCACUUGGAGGGAAACCAUCCCAUCUUAGAAGCCAUCAUCGAUGACAACCAACCGAUUGCAGAGAGACACGAUUCUCCGGGGUUCUCAUACGGCGCGAAUCCCUCCGUUCUAGAUCUGAUUCCUGAGCUACAGAGGCCCCAAUCUUAUUACUACAUUAAUAAUGCCAGUUGCGGUCCUGGCUCCAGCACUGCUAUCGGCUCAUCUGGCUGGAUAGACAGUUUUGACUUGGGGUUUCCCUCCGUGAGGACAUCCGAUCAAUGGUCUGGGCAUUUAAAGAGUGUCCUUCUAGAUGUUUUCCAACCUUCAACUGACAGCGGCUUCCCAACGAUCCUGCAGCCCCGGUUCAAAAAAACACCCGGUACCUCUGCCGCUUUGUUUGUCCCCAGUGUCAUGGCAUCGAUUUGGCGACAGUAUUCAGAGGAGAAUGAACCGACAUGCCCGGGGGUUACUCAAGCGGCAGCAGAACGGCCCAUUGUCAUCCCGAAUAAUGAGGAUUACGCUGCACCUGUAUCAGGUUCCAAAACCAAAGGGAUACCACUGAACAAGGGAAAGAAUGCCAAAACUGCCAGCCUUUCCGCUUCAAAGAAACGAGCGUCUCCGUACGGUGGCGGCGCUAGUGCAGCCGAUCAGACAAGCGGUAAUGGUGGCACUCACAACAAGGGUCAGAACCAUGACAUGGCGGGCGGUAGGCUGGCUCGCUGGCAAAAACUGUUGAAAUAUGUCCUGGUGGGUCUGAAACAGCCGCAGCCGUCUGACCACGUUGAGCUACAGGACAUGAGUUCGUUCUCUCCCAUCGAUGUCUCUCCUAGUCCGACCGACAAUCCAGAAACCCACCCGGAACUGGUAGAAGAAAGCCCGCACGGUGAAGUGACGUUUUUCCACUACACUUCUGACGGGACGGAAUACUCUUGCACCAGCGUGCCCAUAACAGUUCCCCCAGGGCCAAGCUCGCAUCAACGCGGUAGUGAAACCGGUGACGAAAUGGAAAACCGUGUAAGCAACACCUCUUCGGACAGCUUGGUGGUAAUUGAGUCGGACAGCGAGGAAGAGGACGAGGAAGAAAUCAUCGAAGCAGUUUUGAUCCAGGAGUUAGAUCACGGCAACUGUGCAUGCACAAGGUUCUCCAACCAUUCUGUGGAGGAUGGAUGCACGGAGGAAGCCGAGUCAAGCAGCUUUAUCAACCAACCCCUGUCUAGUGAGUACUCGACCUGCAGCAGAAUCCCCAACGGAAAUAUCAACGGGAACUGCUUGGAAAAACACGAGAGUGAUGUACCCAAAAGCACUAUGAAACGAAGGACGAGUAGCAUCAAAAGAAUACCAAAGAUCAUUAGGAACAAGAAGAAGAAAGUGAGCUUCGCUGUUCGGUCGCCGAAUCACAAACACGGACCGAAAAUACUCGGGUUCCUCACAGGCUCCAAAGAUGAUCUUGAUAGUGAUGACAAAACUUGCCAUAAACGAACUGGAAAACAGCGAAGGGGGAAGCGGGAGACACAUUCCACAGAUGAUGACUGUGUUGACGAACCAUUCGAAUGGCCUGAUAAUUACAUUCAUGUCAAACUUCCACCGAGGUGGACUCCUCCCAGGAACGACUACGAAGCGGAUGCGUACAUCAGUGUUGCCUCCAGGUAUGUCCCCAAUGUCUACGUGAAGCUGUACAUCCAAGUGCCUCCCAUGACCCACCUGUGUGAGCUGAAGACGCACCUGCUCAUCUGCGUCUUCAGGUCGUUCUUCACCACCACGGAGGGACUCCACAUCAACUGGGUCAUGUCUCUCCAGUCCCACGUCUACAAUCUGCUCUACAUGGACGUGGCCAGGGUGAGAUUCCGGCGAGACUCGCAAGGUAGGCCUUGCCGUGCCUGCCUCUUGCUCUCUCAAGAUGCCACCACUCUGGUGCGGCAUAAACGAUGCAGUCUGCUCACCACGAUUGCCGACAUUCUCCAGAUUUCUCCCGAGGAACUGCUGGUGAUGGAGAACGGACAGCGGGUAGGACUCGGCGAAGCCGAACUUAGUGUGGGACGCAAGCUAAUUCCAGGACAACUUUGAGUUGCAAAAUUUCAACCUCUCUCAUCAGGCCACAGUCCAUGUUUCCCAAUUUGCACGUUGGAUUGUUAUCAGACGAAGGACUAAUUCUGGUCAUUUAUUAAUAAUAAUGUAAACAAGAAUUAUUGAAAUUAAGGAAAGAAAUUCACAAAACACUUCCAAAGCAAAAGCAUACGUCAUUCAGGCAUGUCAUUUCAAAAUUGAAAUAUGACUGAAUUAGUACAGAAAUCGUCUUCGACUUUUUAUUUUAAACUUGUUGAUUUAUUAUUUUCAACUAAACAUGCAUCCUUUGACACGGAGACAAAAGGUCGGGUAUGAGAUUGAAUGCGGAUCCCACGAUUUUUAUUAACAAAUUUAAGAUAUUUGAUUAAAAUUUACGAAUCGUACAUUAUCCUGAAUUUGUAAUGAGGUUAACAUUACUUUUAAAAGGGCAACAAUUAUGAAUAUAACACUUAAUUUGGACUGAAAUUUCCAUUUCUGGACGUGUAAAAUCACGCCGUUUUACGGGAUAAUGAUGGAGAUUGGAUGUUUGUUUUUAAUAUGUAAUGUAAAUGUCCUUUUUUGUUUAGUCUUGUCUGUUGCCCCUCCCCGGACGAGUUGUCAUUUUUGACAACAGAAAUUGUGUUAUAUUUAGUUUGUUUUUUGUUUGUUUGAAAUGUACAAAUUUUACUACAGAAAUGUUUUAUCUAUUUAAAAAAUAUCCGAAGUUCAAUUUUAAAUAUAUGCGGAGAGGACGAUCAACAG